AUGGAAACACUCAUAGCAAAGUAUGGAAAAGAAAUAGCUAAAGAAACAAUAGAAGAUGUGUUUCAACGAUGUAAUGGAAAUCUAGAUGAUUGUCAACAACAAAUCGAUGAGAUGUUAACAACUAAAAUAGGAGAAAGAACAGAAAAACAAGAAGAAAAGAAAGAUAAAACUCCAUUUACAUCAUCAUACCACACAACCCAACAAAAUCCAAGUAAUACACAAUCUGUAUUUAAUUUGAAUCAACUUGAAACAAAACAUUAUGACAUUAACUCACAAGCAUUCCAAAUUAAAAGACCAACUACUCCAAAAACACAACCAAUUAAUUCAUCUAUAUUACCUAAAUUUUUUAAUACACCAAAUCAGGAAAUUAAUCAAUCAAAACCAAUUCAACCAAUUCAAUCAAAACCAAUUCAACCAAUUCUACAAAAACCAACAAUUCUACAAAAACCAAUUCUACCAAUUCUACCGAAAACAACACCAAUUUACUCAACACCAACAAUCCAACCAUAUUCAACACCAACAAUUCAACCAUAUUCAACACCAACAAUCCAACCAUAUUCAACACCAACAAUAAAUAAUAUAAAAAAACCAAUAAAAGAAGAAAGUGAAUAUUUAAUAGAACAAUCUAAUAGUGUAAUUAAAUCAAAAAAAGAAUUAACACCAAAAGUUAUAGAAAAAAGAACAGAAACUACUGUACAAACAAGAGAUAAUAAAAAAGAAGAAGAAAAAGAAAUUGAAAGAUUAAAAGAAGAAAAUAAAAUAAUGAAAAAAAUGAUACAAGAACAAAGAAUAGAAAUUAAACAAUUAAAAGAAAAGACUGAAGAAUCCAAUCAAUUAAUACGUCAAAUACUUCAAAUAUUAAGUAAAUAA